GAGUCACGACAGCUCCUCGCCUCCUUUGACGUUCCGAAUGCUGCCUUUCCCCUUAUCUUCUCACCCGACUCACGCCAACUAGUUUACACGACACACACCAACUUGAAAGACGACACCAAGAUCUGCAUCUGCGAUACUCCACCCGACAUCCUUACUCAAGCCCGUCUCAUUGCACGCAAAAAAUCAACCCUCAAUCAUCUACUGCAUGUGCGCAUCUCAGUCCCCUACUCGCUAUACCACUCACCCAUCGCUAUCAUUGCAGUCUGAUGCAACUCGUCGUCCUCCUGCCGGGCAUCGCAGACCACCGAUAUCCGCCAUACCUAUUACGCUGAGACCUCCGCCUACAGGAGACCCGCAGCAACCCACUUUCCUUGGUCUCAGCAAACUCUCUCGCUUCUCUCGCGCGAAUGCAGUACGCUCUGGUUGGAAGGAGCAAUCUUGUGAUCCCUUAGAUUUCCCUGCUACAUUGCCCUUACCUCCCAAUCGCCUUCAUGAAGAAAGCACUGCAUCGACUCCCUUGCCCGGUGGCAGGGCCUUUUUCAAUCCCAUUCGGUCGUCAUCAGACAAAGGAAAACAAAACGGGCGUGAACCGAAACGAAAAGCUGUAAAAGUUGUCGAUGUUCCACUCGGACAAGCUACCUACGGUGACGUCAUUGGUGUGGACGACGGAAUACGACCAUAUGUUCUCUUCUUUUGCCUCAGCUGGUUCCAGAAAAAGGAGAAGAAGCCGGAACCACGGCCAGUCUAUGAUGACGAACUCGAAGACGAUGAAGAGGAAGAAAAUGUUCUCUGUCCAGUCGCCGUGCCUCCUCCCAGGGUUCAGCACGAAGAAAUUGAAUUGAAAACAAUAGCGAGUCAAGCACAGUCCGAAGCAGGACCAUCCCGCCUUGCGGUAAGUGACCACUCGGAAGCCCACUGUUCGUAAAUACAUCAUUCAUUCAGUUUUCAUCUGUCAAUUUUCGUAUUUUACUUGAGCUUUAUGACCAUCAUGUGUUGCAUGACUUGUUUUGGAAGAAUAAUCAUCGUCGCAUCCUAUUGACGGGCGGGUGAUACUAUUCAAGCUUGAGA